GGCCGGUUGGGAAUGCAACCCGAUAGUGUCUCCUUCAACCUAGAACCGUGGUUUCUUCUCACACCUCUGGCCCUCUUUUCUCUGGUUUGAAAUAUAACGCUUGCCAUGCCUGUAGUUUGAUUUAUUUUCAUAACCUCUUUUCGAUUCAGUGUUCUUCAGUUUUGACCUGAAGAUUACGUGUGUUAUAAGGGGACGAUGGUUCAAUAUAACUUCAAGAAGAUCACUGUGGUGCCCAAUGGGAAGGACUUCGUUGACAUUAUCCUCUCUCGCACGCAGCGUCAGACACCAACGGUUGUUCACAAAGGAUAUGCAAUUUCACGCCUUCGCCAAUUCUACAUGCGCAAAGUUAAGUACACUCAGCAGAAUUUUCAUGAAAAGUUGUCUACUAUUAUUGAUGAGUUUCCUCGCCUCGAUGAUAUUCACCCUUUCUAUGGCGAUCUCUUACACGUACUCUACAACAAAGACCAUUACAAGCUUGCUCUUGGACAAAUCAACACUGCCAGGAAUCUUAUUGGUAAGAUUGCUAAAGAUUAUGUCAAGUUAUUGAAGUAUGGCGAUUCCUUGUAUCGAUGUAAGUGUUUAAAGGUGGCUGCUCUUGGCCGUAUGUGUACUGUGAUUAAGAGGAUUGGCCCUAGUUUAGCUUAUUUAGAACAGGUUAGACAACACAUGGCUAGGCUUCCAUCCAUAGAUCCUAAUACAAGGACUAUUUUGAUAUGUGGGUAUCCUAAUGUUGGCAAGAGCUCUUUCAUCAACAAAAUUACUAGGGCUGAUGUGGAUGUGCAGCCUUAUGCUUUCACUACCAAGUCCCUCUUUAUAGGUCAUACAGACUAUAAAUACCUAAGGUACCAGGUAAUUGAUACGCCCGGGAUUCUGGAUAGGCCUUUUGAAGAUCGUAAUAUUAUUGAGAUGUGCAGUAUAACUGCCUUAGCACAUUUGAGGGCUGCAAUUUUGUUUUUCUUGGAUAUCUCUGGGUCUUGUGGUUACAGUAUUGCUCAACAGGCAGCUCUAUUUCACAGCAUUAAGUCUUUGUUCAUGAACAAGCCGCUUAUUAUAGUCUGCAACAAGACUGACUUGCAACCAUUGGAGGGGGUACCUGAGGAAGACAUGAAGUUGGUCAUGGAUAUGAAAGCUGAAGCCUUGAAGACUCUGGUCGGUCAAGGAGGUGAGGCUACGGAUGAUGAUAGUGUGUUGUUGACCAUGAGCACUCUGACAGAAGAAGGGGUCAUUGCAGUGAAAAAUGCAGCAUGUGAGAGGUUAUUGAAUCAGAGGGUGGAGAUAAAAAUGAAGUCAAAGAAAAUUAAUGAUUGCUUGAAUAGGUUUCAUGUUGCAGUACCUAAGCCUCGUGACCAGAAGGAAAGGCCACCGUGCAUCCCUUCGGCAGUUUUAGAAGCUAAAGCUAAGCAAGCAGCUGAGAAGGAAAAGAGAAAGACUGAAAAGAAUCUGGAGAAUGAAAAUGGUGGGGCAGGUGUAUACUCAAUGAACCUGAGAAAGUGUUAUAUUUUAGUAUACUCAAUGAACCUGAGAAAGUGUUAUAUUUUAGCCAAUGAUGAAUGGAAAGAAGAUAUACUCCCAGAAAUUUUGGAUGGACACAACGUGUAUGAUUUCAUUGAUCCUGAUAUUCUGCAUAGGGUCGAAGAAUUGGAAAGAGAAGAAGGGCUGAGACAGGCAGAAGCCGAAGAUGAUGAUUUUGAGAUUGAUGGAAUUGAAUUGAUGCCUGAACAGCUAGCUGCUUUAGCUGAGAUUAGGAAAAAGAAAAGCUUGCUCAUCCAGCAGCAUAGGGUGAAAAAGAGCACUGCAGAGAGCCGACCAACUGUUCCAAGGAAAUUUGAUAAGGACAAGCAGUUCACAUCAGAAAGGAUGGGAAGGCAGCUGUCAUCUUUGGGGCUUGAUCCCACUUUGGCAAUUAAGAGAAUGCGUAGCCGAUCUGUCUCUAGGAAAGGUCGGAAAAGGGAAAGAUCACCUGAAAUGAGAAGUGUUGAUGGUGGAGAUAGGAUGGAUAUUGAUGGUGACACACCUAGCAAAAAGCAGCGUAUGAGUAGAUCAAGGUCACGGUCCAGGAUGGUGUCAUGCCUAUCAAAUGAAGUUGUGCCUGGAGAGGGCUUCAGGGAUUCUGCUCAAAAGGUCAAGGCAAUUAAACUUGCAAAGAAGUCUGUCAAGAAGAGAAACAAGGAUGCACGUCGUGGUGAAGCUGAUAGAGUCAUACCUAAUCUGAAGCCCAAACACUUGUUUUCUGGAAAGUGCUCCAUUGGAAAGACUGAGAGACGUUAAAACAGGGGAUGCUGAUUUAUGCUUUUCAGAGACAUCUGCUGGCAAUUUUGUGGCUGCCAAGAUUUUUUUUUUUUUUUUAAUAUAAGUUGUGUUUUGUUAGAUUUUAAGGUGCAGCUAGGCCACCGUGUUUAUUUAUACACCUUUGCCUCAUUUUAUUUUAUUCUUAUCGUUACAACUUGUCAUUCCGUCAGACUUUAUUUAUUUAGUUCAAUUUUGGAGACUAUGUAUUAUCAAGGAAGCUUCUGUUUCAUUUUUUAGAGAAAACAUUGAGUGCCUUGGUUUUGAUUUU